AUGUUGGCCGAGACCGGGGGAGAACUUCUCGCUGCUCCCUUCGCUCUGCUCUUAGAGCGCUUCUCCGUUCGUGAGCUUGAAGAUGACCCCGAGAGCCUCGAAGAUGAGGAUAAGAGUUUCAAGCUGUCCCACACAGCCCCGGUGGAGUUGCCCUUGCAGACAGCAGCCGCGUUGGACACGAGUUUUCUCCGCCGUGAUGAGAUAGGUCUUGUGCGGAAAGUCUUCCGCGAGUGCGAGAGGCAGUGUGACUUCUCUUUGUCUCACGAAGACAUCGGGCGUGCGCUCGGGGUGUUCAUUCCGCCAGAUCUAUGGUGCGACCGACUGGUACGAGGUCUGGACGAGAUGGAGCGUUUGCGGGGUCUCGGGCAGAAGCCCAUCUUAUCGCUCUUCUUCAGAAAGCUGUGCCCGACUGUCAAGCCUCGCCACCUUCGGCUGUUCCAGAUUUGGAUGAAAGAGUUGGACCAUAUAGAGGAGCUCAAGGUGCACUUGGCGACUUCCCGCCGCAUGCAAGAGUACUUCGAAAGCUAUGUCGCCCGGCCAGUCCUUCCAGCGCGUGUUCGCCAAGAGUUGCUGGAAGAGUAUGAGGGCCUUGCGUACAACACGUUGCAGGCGAGCGUCACGCGAGAUGCCUUCCGCAAGCGAUUCUACGACGGAGGCUCCAGGGUGACCAAGGAGGAUUACGUCGCUGCCAUGUGCCCGACAGAGUUUCGCCACAAGGAAGGCAACCCGGCCGUCAAUCUGGUCGUAGGCCAGCUGCUCAGACUGCAGGUAGCGAAACUGGAGGAGGCCCUGGCGAGGAAGGAGGCUUUGUUCGCAAAGAACGGUGAAGCUGUCACCGCGAGGAGGAAGUUCAUCAAACCCUCUGUUCCAGACCAUCAAUGGGACUUGUGGAACGAGGCCUUCGAUUCGUUCAGCUCCGUUGAGAGCGACAGCAGAGAAGGACAUGUGUCCCUGUUGGCACUCGUGCGCCAGAACGACGUGUGCCCUGCAGUUUGUGACUUCAUGUGCCAGAUUGUCACAGGGAGCCGAGCUGAGGGCCCCGACCCGGGAUUCUCCAAAGAGUCCUUUUUGCAGAAGCUCCUAGAGUUGAGCCCUUGGCGAGUGAAGAAGGAGAUUUUAAGCCAGGGGAGACUCUCCGCAGUUUAA